UGAGAGAGCCCAACCACAGAAAGCAGAGGGAGCCCUGCGUGCUCCUUUUUGGCGGCACUCGCGAAGAACAAUCGAUGAGUUAAAUAUUCGAUUCGAACGUUCGACUUGACUCGUACAGCUAGUGAUCGGGAAAGAUUUUCUUCGGAAGCAGCUCUGACUGAGAGAAAACGUCCCUUGCCGGAGCACGGAGCUGCUCCUCCAAAAGUCGAUUCAAAACUUACUUGAUUCUUGAUUCUGACGCCGGCAGAGCUUCCUCCCUUACCGAAUGAAGUUCAUGGUCUCUACAAAACAAUCGAAGUUCCGAGCCCGACAUGCCUUCGAAAUUGCAGUUCGAUCAAUUGGCCACAUCUUGGAUCGGAAAAGGGGUCGAUGUCGAGUCCGUAGUGACCGACCAGAUAAUGCAGCAGACAUACAGAUUGAGUUUCGAGCACUGUGUGGCGAACUCAUGCAAGCGGAACUGCAUCGGAAACCCUCGAUGCCUCUCGGCUCUAGGCGGCGCUUCUCUGGCCAAUCAUGCCAUGGAGAAGCUUUGCGACCAGACGGCAGUCCAGGCCGCUGCAACUCGUGAUCUAUCAGAACCGGUCGGAUUGAGGAAUCUCGGGGCAACUUGCUACUUGAAUAGUAUCCUGCAGGUGUGGUUCCACAACGUCAAAUUUCGGGACGUCAUUUUGAAGUGGAAUAGGGAGCUGGACUGCGGAGAACAGGGCUCCUUGGGUUUCGACUCUCCGGAAACAAUCGUUGGUCACCUUCAGUUAAUAUUCGCACAAAUGAUGAAGUCGAUUAAGAGGAGCGUUGAUCCGACACCAUUGAUCGAAGUCCUGGGCUUGGAUGCGGAGUAUCAACAAGAUGCUUCGGAGUGUUUCAGCCUCCUAUUCAAUGUGAUCCUGGAGCAGCUUCGGUUGUAUGGAGAUGGGAGCUUAGCGAACGAGCUCGCUGAUGCUUAUCGAGGAAAGCAAGUGACUGUGAUCGAAUGCGAGAGCUGCGGAGCAGUCAAACGAUGUCCGCAGGAUUUCUACAAUAUGAUUUUGAACGUCCGGGGUCACCGUGAUGUACGUCAGUGUAUAAAGGCUUUGGGUCAGAAACGGAGAAUCGAGGGGGAUUUCACAUGUGGCACAUGUGCCAGCAAGAAAGGAGCUGUCACUUACGAGGAAUUCACAGGGAUGCCGCCUACUCUGAACCUCCAGCUGAUGCGAUACCGCUACGAUGCGAAGAGCGGAACCAAGAAAAAAGUACAAUCGGCACUCCGUUUUCCGGACCUUCUGGAUCUCGGCCCGUUCCUCGAAGGAUGUAGUGGCGAGAAGUUAUACAAACUCCGUGCAGCAUUGAUCCACGUUGGUCACUCGGCGAACUCAGGACAUUAUAUCGCCAACGUCAGAAUGGGUGAGGACGGUCUCUGGUAUCGACUCAACGACGAAAACGUCUCCGCGAUGAAAGGGCGGCCAGACCUGAGCUCGGGGAUCGAUCAGGAGAGCGAGCAGAAUGUCCUCCCCUCGAAAAAAAAUGGUUGUGGGAGCGAAGAGCAGUCGAAUGACAGCAACGGCCUCACCGAACGCUCCAUCAUGACUGAAGACGGGGAGCCUGUCCACGGAUCAGUGGUCAAUGAUGACCCGCCAGAUAGUGACCCGCUCCCAGAUGAGAUCGAAGAUCCAGGGGUCGAUUCGAAGAGCUCGUGUGCGGACAUUGUGAACGGAGACGAACCGCUUAAAGGGAAUCGCUGCCAAGUUCAAAAGAAUUUGGCUGACAAAAUUAAAAAUGAUGACCACACAUUCACUUCUACUGGAGCCUACCUAUUAGUGUACGAGAGAAAGGCGAUCGAGAAAGACGUGCGAAGCGAAUCAUUCUCGGAUGUCACCCUGCACAAUUAUCUCGAAAAAAUCAUUCAACAGGAGUCGAUUGACUCCAAGAAAAUGGCGGAAGAGAUCCAGUCCAUCCGAGCCUCGUGCACAGAGAGAGCACAGAACUUGUUGACGGACUUCAAAGCAAUAAUCAGGCAGCUUCCGUAUGAAACUGGUGCUGAGUACCGCUUCGUGACGACGGCAAAUUUGUCGAAAGUUUUGAAGAGGACAGAACGUCUCUUCAGAAGAAUAUGCAGCACUAUAGAGCAGCCUCUGGCUCAGGGUCUCAGUCCGAAAUUCAACGCACUUGAAGCUAAACCUCAAGAAAGAACUCAUACGGACAGCUUCUCCUGCUCGCACGGGAAGCUCUCGCCAGAGAGUGCUGAACUCUCGAAACUCAAAGUGAUCUCAUCUACGGCAGCAUUGCUCCUUGAUGAAUUCUGUAUGAAUUAUGAGUUGAGCGAAGCGUGGCGACCGGUGUCUGUGGUCCCCCAGGAAUUGUGUCGUGAAUGUGUAGUUCAACUAGGGAAACGUAUGGCGCUUAGUUUGCAGUUGCAAGUAGACAACAAAGCCUUCGUAGGAUAUCUGAAGAAUAAGGAAUGUGAAGAAUCAUUCUGGGUGAGCAGCAAGCAUCUACAGAAUUGGUUCAAAAUGGCGGAAAAUCAAAUUAUCUCCACCGUGAGAGACGCAGGCACUUGCGUCGCAGAGCUGAGGGAAACAUUCAACGAGAAGUUGACGUGUGUACAUGGGAACUUGGCGAUAGGGGAAAAGAAGCUAAUCCCGAAAGAUGCUUGGAACGUGUUGAGGAGGUACUUUCCUUCGUGCAUUGCCUAUCCCGAUACUGUCGCCGAGUGCCAACAAUGUCUAGACGAAUCACGCACAGAGAAGGAAAUAGCUUCGCAGCGUGCGGGUGAGAUAUCAAUGCUGCGCCGACGGCUGAAGGGUUUGACGAAGUUCAGGCACAGUUUUCUGCACAAUGAGACAGACGCGCUAGCGAUACACGUCGAUCAAGCUGUGAGCAUACGCAGAGUCUUGCGGGCCUCCACCAAGCCCGACUGUAAUCCGACAUUCUCCCCGAACGCGCUGAUAUGUCCACAUGGCAAAACUCUCCUAUCUGGGGGCGACGGCGCGUUUUCCGAAUGUGUUGUUCUACUCUCUCCCGAGGAGGGCGAAGUUCUUCGGUCUAGCUUUUCCUUCGAUGGAUUCGUAAAAAUCCGUAGGAAGGACUCGGAUUUCGAAAUAACACCAGAACCUUGCGAAGUCUGCUUGGAGCUCAAAUUGUUAGAAGAUCAGAGGGCGUUGUCAGUUUUCAACAAUGCAGCGAUCCCGGUCGUGAAAUUGAGCCUUGCCGAGUUGAUAGCGAAACACUCGGCGUACCAGAGCUCGAACAAGAGUCUGACGGAGGGCCAGGAUGAUCAUGGGCUUGACGAUGUUGAGCCUCCGGUCAAGAGAGCUCGAUUGGGUCGCAGAAUUCCCAACGCUAAAUCGGUGAUUUUGACUUCCACCGAUACAUUUGUUGAUUUGAAAGUGAAGAUCAUGGCGAAACACCAUAUAACUCCCAUUCUGCAAGUCAUCCUGAAUGGGGAGAAACUCCUGCGAGACGUUGACGGAGAGCAUAAAAUUGGGGAGCUCGGGAUAAGGAAGGAUUCCGUGCUGUACGUUGCUGAGGACAUCAUCCGUGAGGAAGCGAACUCAACUGAUACCAAGAAAAACAUCAAAGAAGAGAUAGGCUUCGGAGGUACGAAGCUUGUGGGCUAAAAUCGACACUACAGACACAGAAUCAAAGAGACUCGGUACGGAAAUCUUCGCAGUCGGUGAUCGAUCAUGUUCGUCUCCGAACUCCACAUCAAAACGAUGAUGCAUCGACGACGUUUCCUUUUGGAAUUCCCAACGACAAUAAAGGGUCCAUGAUUCU